AUGGCUGAAGAAUCAAAAUGUCCUGUUGACCAUUCGCAAAGGGGUAUAUGGAUGGAGAAAAUGGGCAAAAGCCCACAUGCUGAGGAAAAGAAACCACAGGAGUCUACAGAUCCAGCUCUGGCUGCUUGUCCUGUGGAUCAUUCCGCUAGAUCCAAAUGGAUGGAGAGUGUGACAGUGACUUCCAAAGGAGCACCAGAAGCUAUAGAAGUGGACGGAUGUUCAUCUGAUAAACUAAAGGAAGAGCCGAAGUUAGAAAGCUCGUCCAACCUUCCACUAGAAAGAGAAAUCAGCUCCAUCCCGAGAACAGACACCAGAACCAACUGGAUAUACCCAUCACAGAAACAGUUCUUUGAAGCCAUGAAAAGAAAGAAAUGGAACCCAGAGGCCAACGAUAUGCUGACGGUCGUUCCAAUCCAUAACCAUGUGAACGAGCUCGCUUGGAGACAUAUACUUAACUGGGAAAGGGGCUUCUUAGAGGAAAGCAAUAAAAAAUGUGGAGGCAUUUCCUUGACCAGUUUCAAGGGAGACCUGAAGAAGUUGACCCCUCGUGCUUGGAUAAAGGCGACUGUAUUGGGUCAUGAGAAGCCUUUUGACAGACACGAUUGGACGGUCGAUAGAUGCGGAGUCGAGGUGCCAUACGUACUCGACUUUUACAGUGAAGGUGAGAACGGUGGUGUAUUCGUGGACGUUAGGCCCAAGAUCAACUCUUGGGAGGGAUUCAAGUUAAGAAUCGGAAGAGCUCUUGGAUGGGCAUAA